AUGACAUUCUUCUUGCAUACUACUGAGUUUGAUAGACACAAUGCUGCUAGCACAUCUCGGCCUCGUCUUCGUUCUUGUCGGCUUUUGCGCAUGCCUGGACAGCCAUGUCAAAUCUUCUCUGACAUUCACGUCAGAUCCAAACGAUGCGCACCUUCCAACAAUGCGUACUUCUAUGCCAGGUUAACACACAAUCUCAAAAAUCACCAUGGACGCGUUCCUUUUAAUCGAGUUAUUGUCAACAAAUUACGUCGUUACAAUCCUUCCAGCGGUUUCUUUGUAUGUCCUCGCUCAGGGUACUACGUAUUCACUUGGACAUUGAUGACCGACCACAAAGAGUGGGUCAUUUCUGACUUGAUCGUUGGCGGUUCUGCAAAGGGGAAACUAAUCGUGGACAGUGAUGAAGGAUUAGAAAGUGGGUCAACGACAGUCCUUGUAUAUGUCCGCGGAGGACAGCAUGUUUUCGUUCGAAUAACGGGUGGUAAUCGAAACAUCGAAUCCCGGGGGAGUGUACCGAGUUUUUCGGGUUGGAGAUUGCCUUAG